AUGGAAAGAGGGAGGACCGUGCAGUCGCUUUCACAGUUCAUUGGACGUUUCCUAAAGUUUGAUGCCAAUGAACACCUGUUCAUUUAUGUAAACCAAUCAUUUGCGCCAUCGCCAGAUCAAGAAGUAGGAGUCCUUUUUGAUUGUUUUGGCAGUGAUGGAAAGCUGAUUCUACAUUAUUGUAAAUCUCAAGCCUGGGGAUGA